UUUGCAAACCCCACCCCACCACUUGCAACUUAUAGCAAAUACCCAAUUUUCUACAGUAACAUUUUUCUGAAACUCGUACACAGGGAAGGAAAGAGAGAGACAGAAAAACGAAGAUGGUAGGGAAAGGAAAGAAGAGGAGAGAGAAAAACUAUUUAGCUUCUCAUGGCGGCUACAAUCGUCUCCCUCCCCCUCCCAAUGCUUCUUCCAUUGAUGCUUUGCCCUCUAAACUUCGCCAAAUCAUGGCUUUUGCUUCCUCAACCUCUUUAACUUGUACCUUUCAAGACUCUUCAAUGGAUUCAAAAAACAUUAGUACUACUCAAAAGAAGGGCAAUAAAGAGGAUACUGCUAAAAAUAAACCUCACUUGGAAUCUGAGCUGAACAAUAAGAGCAGUGAAGCUGGAGAGGAAAGGGUCAACAAAACAACGGUUCCUCAAGAAAUCGUGAGCAAAGAAGCAAAUGAAGAGACAGUGAAAAAGAAACGAAAGAAAAAGCAGGCAAAUGACCUUCGGUUUGAAGCAGAGCUGGAAAAGUUGGGUGUUGUUUCAAAAAGAAAGCAGAGGAAGAAAGAGUUUUUAAAAGCAAAGAAAAAGAAAAUAAAGAAAGGCAAGCCAGAGGAGAUUCUAGAUCUUCCAAAGCAAGAUGUUGUCAAAUUUGGGGAGGUUGUCGAAGCUCCACCGAAGUUGUCUUUUAAUCCUGCACACAAGAAAACUCUAGAUGCUUCACGUGAGAGGCUACGUUUACAGGCUAUUGAGGCCUAUAGAAGUCGUAAAGGGUGGACUAACAGACCAGGAAGUCACCUUCCUCCCGUGAGCACUUCCCCAGAUUUGUUAUGAUACCUGCACGUAACUUUUUAUCAACUCCAUUAUGAAAUUUUGUAGCUGGUAGUAUGAAGGCUUUUGUGUGCUCUGAACGAAUAUCUUUGGUCCCAGCAUUGAAUGAAAUGCAAUUUUUUUAAAAAAUA